UGUUAACGAACACGAUGUGAUUAGCCACACCUGUUGUUUUAUUGUAUGGAUCGAGGUGUGUUGUGCACCAGUUGUUGUGAGUUGCAAUAAAGUAACGGUAUGCCUUAACCAGAGCACACGUCCAGUGUGUAAGUGCUGCCCAACACGCUGUCAUCUAUACCAAACCAAGCUAGGUUGACUGAAGACUGGGAUGAAAUCACAUUGAGCUCUACUAAGAAGAUGAACACGAACCACAACCCAUUUCAGUUGAUUUUCUUACUGCUCAACGUGUGUGUGGUUGUCAUAACUACCCUAGUUGUCUUCACCUCACUAGGUCUACAAUAUGGUUUCCAGGAAGCUAUCCCCAACCUGCUGCGGCAUGACCUUGAAAACAUCUCGUCUGCUGAGCCCAGCCCCAUCUCCCCCGCCCCUUGGUUCCACCCCAUCUGGGCCGCCAUUUUCAUCCUGCAGGUCCUGUGGUCGGUCUAUGGCGUCGUGUCGGUGUUCCGUAAGACGGCCGGCGUACCUGUGUACACGUCACCAGUCCUGCUGUCUGUGACGGUUCUCUUGUUCUUCAUCGUGGCGUGUGGCUUCAACAUUGCCUGGUUUAUUUUAUACGACAGGAAGUACACGUCCACAUCCUGUGCCUUCCUGUUUGUGAGCGUCGUCUCGGGCUGGAUCUCGUUCUUCACGGCCACCUACCAUCUGGCCAGCAACGUCUACCGUCUGCGGAAAUCUGAGAGACGGACAGAGAUCUAUCUGGUCAGAUUGCUGGUUCAUAAUGGCAUGUCCGCCUACGCCAUGUGGUGCUGGCAUGUUCUAUGCUACAACAUCACCGUGGCCGCCAUACACAACAGCAAGAUCAAGCUUAGCCCAGAUGUGGCCAGUAUCAUUGGCUUGUCAUUUAUUGGAGCGGCCCAGCUGACUUACCUCUUGGUCGACGUCAUUUGUCUGGAUAGAUUUACAAGGUACAUUGUGGCGCCGUACAUCGUGACGAUCCCCGCCUGUCUCUACAGAGCACAUGACUGGCCCAGCAAUGCCGAGGACUUCAUCCUCCUCAUCAGCCUGCUGUCGUUUGCCUUCUUCUCGCUCAUGGUCAAGUGUCUGUUCAUCACGUGCCGCAUCGUGCGACCAACAUCCGGUGGAGGGGAAAUCACUUUUGUUUCCCACACCUCGCCAUCCACCAGUGAAGAUCGCUACUUACUCAAGGAGAAAUAG